AUGCAGGUGGAUUGGUACGCAGGAUAUGAGCAGUUUGUCAAGCGCAACCUGACUCUGCUCCCACAUCAAGAAGCAGUGCAGCAGCAGCAGGAGCUGCAAUCACAACAGCUGGCUCAUCCACAACAGACUGAUAUAAUGACGUCCAUGUUUGAACAACAAAUCAAAAGCGAACCUAUGGGGUUCUAUUCUGUUGCUUCAAGCCGUUCGGAUGGUUCAAAUUCUAUGGUGACUCUAUCCGACGACCGUGAAGAUCUUUCGCAACAAGAGGGUCAUCUGCAACCUCAGCAACAGGCAACGCUACAAUUGAAUCAACAGGGUCAGCAGCAAACUCAGCAGCAAAAUCAACAGCAAACACAACAGGGUCAACAACAGCAGAGUCAGAGUGUGCAACAAGAAGUUCCAAGCCGUCAGUCGACAGGUCAACAAACAGUUAAAGAGGGUUCGCGGUCAAAACCACAACCCUGUAAGGUAUGUGGCAAGGUGCUAUCUUCUGCUUCAUCGUACUAUGUACAUAUGAAACUUCAUUCGGGCAACAAACCAUAUCAUUGUACUGUAUGCGAAGCAAGUUUUUGCCGGAAACCAUACUUGGAAGUGCAUAUGAGGACACAUACAGGAGAACGACCUUUCCAAUGUGAGUUGUGCUUGAAAAGGUUUACGCAAAAGAGCAGUCUUAAUACUCAUAAGCGGGUGCACACUGGAGAAAGACCAUAUGCCUGCGACAUAUGUCAAAAACGUUUUGCUGUGAAAAGCUAUGUGACAGCACACCGUUGGAGUCAUGUUGCAGAAAAACCUUUGGUCUGUGACAGAUGUUCUCUCACAUUCACGUCCAAAAGUCAAUUUGCAAUACACAUCCGUACCCAUACUGCAAGUACUACGUACGAGUGCAAUAUUUGCGGACGUACAUUUGUACGUGACAGUUAUCUGAUACGGCAUCAGAAUCGAGUACACCGUGAUAUGAAUCAAAGCAGUACAAAUCACAAUCCACCUACACCACAAAGCACAGGUGGCGGUACACCAGGUACCGGCUUCGAGAGUCCAGUUUGUGAUUUGCGCUACAGCGAAGGACCUUCUUCGUUGGAUGGUUUAGCAGGUUCUAAAGGAGGAAUUGCAGCUGAGAUUGCAAGUUUAGCUAAGCAAAAUAAUCUUCAACUUCCUCUACCGCUGUUACAUCCGCAGACUACCAACUAGUGUUUAGAUGGCAGCGUGUCCGAGUCCCUACCGCAGCACCAGUCACCGCAGCAAGUAGUAUGUCCCACCUCGGCGUCUUCGCCAUUCAUACUUAAUUCACCUGUCUCUCACGAGCACACCACACCGCAGAGUGUCUACCAAACGACAGGUUCUUCCAGUUCACUGGAUAGCCUCAACUCCCAACUCUAUCCGCAAAUGUCAUCCCCUAUAGAUUCAUCGGAG